UAUAAAACAGAUGUCCAAACCCUCGGCGUAAACAUAACCCGUGAAGGUAUAUUUUCCUUUUAAAUAAAGCAGAUUAUGAUCCAAGGGCUUCAUUAAACAAGGAAAUUUUCAGUCCUCAACAUGAAGGGCCUUUACCUUGUCGAGCCUGUUGUGGCCCUGUAUGCUUUUAGCAGUUUUCUCAUCUAUCCACUUGUGCAGCAGUAUGUGUACCGGAGGCUUUGGCAGCAGCUGACAAACACCACCUAUCCCAUCUCUAGCAACACAUCCAGAUGUGUAGCAACUAACAGCAGCAGCAACCACACAAACAUUCAUGAGGAAGUUCAGAGGCAAGCAUCUCUUUUUUCCCUUUACUCAGAGCUCCUCUCCACAAUCCCAUCUUUGAUUGUCACUCUCAUGCUGGUGGCCUAUAGCGACCAGGGUGGACGCAAGAUCACCAUCGUUAUGCCUUUGAUCGGCGCCUUGAUCUACUCCUCAACCUUCCUGACUGUGUCCUACUUUGAACUCAACAUUUACUUGCUCAUCUGUUCCUCAUUUCUCAGCUCUCUGUUUGGUGGCCUAGGCACAUUUUUGGGGGGCUGCUUUGCCUACAUAGCAGACUUGUCCAAGAAUGAGCAUCAGAAGACUUUACGGAUGGCUGGAGUGGACAUGAUGAUUGGUCUGUUGUCUGGAGUUGGUGCAAUAUCAACAGGCUAUUUUCUGAGAGCUGCAGGGUUUAACUGGCCAUUCUUUACCUCUGCAUUGUGCUUGUGUCUGACCCUAUUAUAUUCAAUUUUCAUCCUGGAAGAGACGGUGAAGAAGGCUCCCACAGAUGGAGACACACUAAAUGGGUCUCCCCAGUGCCCUGCAAUAAAACAAGUGAUCUCUGGAAUCUAUCAGGUUUUUGCUGGGACCAGUUGCAGGUGUAGAACUGUUUUAACCCUCCUAAUGAUCAUCUUUACCAGCUUCUCCUUUGCAUAUAUAGGAGGCAUCUCCUUGGUGACACUGUAUGAGCUCAAUGAGCCACUGUGCUGGAGUGAGAUUUUGAUCGGCUAUGGCUCAGCACUGUCUACCACAGUGUUUCUUAUCAGUUUUGUGGGGGUAUCGGCGUUCACAUACUGUGGCGUUCCACAACUGGUCAUUGUUAUGCUGGGGAUUCUGUCUGUCAUGUCUGGCAUGAUCCUGCUGGCAUUUGCAAAGACCACUGCACUGAUGUUUAUAGUGAGAGUGCCAAUGCUUCUGUCGAUCAUGCCUUUCCCUGUUCUGCGCUCCAUGAUGUCAAAGAUCAUCUCAAAGUCUGAGCAGGGAGCCCUGUUUGCCUGUCUUUCCUUUUUGGAGAGUUUAACUAACAACGUGUCAUCUGCAGUCUUCAACAGUAUUUAUGCUGCUACAGUAGCAUGGUACCCCGGCUUUGUAUUCCUUUUGUCUGCAGGACUCUGUGCCAUUCCUUUAUCUGUCCUUGGCGUGGUGGCUUUGAUUGGAUCGGAUGUCACCAGUGAGGCCAAAAGGCCAGAGACUUUCUUCACAGAGGAAGAGAUCCAUGUCGAGGAUGAGGAUGACAACAGUCCUCUUCUUAGCUGAGGCACGUGGACCAUCAAAACCACACAAGCACCUUGCUCGUUCAUUUACUUUUACUUUUCAAGUGCUCAAAUUUCACUAACUGACAAUGCAGAUUACAAUUACGCCGCUUUUUUUUUUCUCCCCUUCCUGAUGUUUGCUUGUGAUUUUGGCAAAUCGGUACUGAAGCAGAGUUCUCAAGUUCCUUUUUCCUCUUCUUUUUUUUUUAAUUUACAGGACAUUUGUUGGAUUUAUUUAAUAUAAAGAUAAUAUUACAAAUAUGACAAACAUUUUAGUGAAGGGAAACAAAAUGACAUACAUCUACAGUAUGUGCAAAAUUAUAAGGGAUUUCAGUUUAUUAAAAUGUUAUUCAGCUAUUUAACAUGUUUAAGAAAGAAAAAGAAACUUUUAUCUUUCUCAGGGGAAUAUAUAUUUGCACAUUUAUGGGGGAUAUAUUGCUUUUAUUACUCGGAGCACCGGGGCACUGAAAGAUAAAGAGUCCCCGACCCUGCUCACUAUUUUGUGGUAGUUACGCCACCAUAAAUGAGUUAUUUGGUAUGUGUCACACCUUUUAGGUUUUUUUAAAUGUUUGACUUUACACUGUCAGUCCAGUUUUUUGACCCUUUGUACCUUAAAUAAGUAAUAUGGCUCAUUAGCACAUAUGAACACAUCUCUUAAAUUGCAUCCUCCCUCAUUACACAAUUUGAGAAUAAAAAAAAAUAAAUAGGUCAAAGGCAAUAAGAUUUUAGCUUAUGUGGUCUGGACACUUACAUUCUUAAUAAUUGCACAUUCUGUGUAAUCAGUCUUCAUUCUGAAUAGUGUAAGAGUUCACAUAGUUUAUACCUCAAAAUGCCCUGACUGAGAGAUUUAAAGGUUUUAAUGUAUUUUGUCUCUUUUGUAUUGUCACAUGAUUUUCAUUUAAGAUAUGUGUGUUGUUAAUAUGUGAAUAGCUGUAUCUGUUUGUCUUUCUGGUUUUGUGUGAUGUUUAUGUGUGAUUGUAUGAACUAUGUUAAGCAACCAAAUAGGUGAAGCAAGGUAACCACAUUAGGGAAGGCAAAAUUGUAAAAGGAAGCAGAUGAAAAGUUUCUAUUUACAACUCAUAUGUUUGAGGUUGUUUUUAACUUGGGUGUUUGAAAUGUAAGAAAUAAUAUAGAAGGAAAUGUUAAAAAUAUUGGAUAGAAAGGGCAUAUAAUUUAGCAUUACUUUGUGAAACACCAUCACAUUACAUUUUGGUCCAAAUAACUUCCUAAUAAUUGCUGAUGCCACUAGUGAUGGAUGUGCACAAUAUGUUUCAGUUAAGAAUUAAGAAAGAUUUUUUUUUCAUUUUUAUGAAGGAAGACCCUCAAUUAAUGGAAAGUGGUCACUCAUUAAAAUGAACUGAGAACCAAAGUAUGAGUCCAUUGUGCAGACUUGCUAGGUAUGACAAA